GCGCGCGUGACGUCACUAGCAGGGAUCUGUUUUCCUCGACUCUCUGCAGGCCAUGAGGAGCUCAACGUGACGGGUUUAAUAGUAUCAUUACUGCAGACGGGAUAAAAAAACAAAACGCUCCGCCACACUUACGGUGUCAACCUGCUGCAGGUGCACGUGCCACACAGCAAACAGAGAGCCGUAGCAUGGUGGUACACGGGACUCGGCCCAGAGGAGGAGUACUACGGAAGUGGGUUGUACUAGACCGCGAAGGUUGAAAGCACCGUCCAACACGUGAGGCUCAUGUGACGGAGUCGAGUGUGUGUCUGUAGCUGAGAGACGUGCCUGCAGUCACAGGGUUUAUUUAACACGUAGUCAAAACCCACCCAGCUCUCACACGUUCAGUCGGGCGUGGAUCCUCCCCUAGACAUACUGCCGAGUCCGGACCAGCGGGUGACAACACCGCGCCGUGCCAGACUCCAACACACUCACGCUGGAUACAGGAGAUACUGUUUUCUUUAUCUAUUCAUUGUGUGUGUAUGUGCGAUUUUUUUCACGUUUUGAAGGGCGAUUGCAGAGACACAUUUGGAACGUGUUCAAGGCUUUUAGAAGUAAUUUAUCCGCGUUUUUGAGUUAAGCGACAUGGAGAGAAUUACCAGUGCGCAACCACCUCCCUGUGUGCCAAAACACUCAUCACUGGAUUUAGCGGACAUGCCUGGAAUGUUUAUGUAUAAACCCAGGAGGGGCAUGAAGCGCGGGGAUGAGAGCAAGGAGACAUACAAGUUGCCACACAGGCUAAUUGAAAAGAAAAGACGUGACAGAAUCAACGAAUGCAUUGCCCAGCUGAAAGACUUAUUGCCAGAACAUCUCAAGCUUACAACGCUGGGUCAUUUGGAGAAAGCCGUGGUCCUGGAACUCACUCUCAAGCAUGUUAAAGCCCUGAGUGUCCUCCUGGAGCAGCAGCAGCAAAAAAUUAUCUCGCUACAAAAGGACCUGCAAAUUAGUGAUCAUGGAGGCGAGGGUGCAGAGAGCAGCAAGAUAUUCCGCUCUGGCUUUCACCUGUGUGCAAAUGAGGUCCUCCACUAUCUGACCAGACACGAAAACAGUAGGGACCUAACCCCUUCCCAUGUCAUCAGCCACAUCCAGAAAGUAGCGGCUGAAGUUCAACAGCAUCGAAGCAGCCUAUACCCAGAUAAGCCUAUCCCUCAACCAGUGGAGAAAAAAACUCCCGCGCAGUUCCCAAGGACCUCUGAGGGCCCUGCCAACAACUGUGUUCCUGUCAUUCAACGGACUUACACCCAUGGGAUGGGGGAGCAGAGUGGCAGUGACACAGAUACUGACAGCGGGUAUGGUGGAGAACACGACAAGCGUGACCCCAGUGCUCAAUGGUCAGAAAAUCACGUGCGGCAGGGUGACCUCAAGCAUGUGAUGUCUGAAGGUACAGUGGGUCCCAUCAAGCAGGAGGGUGAUGAGCCUCUGGCCAAGAAGCCAAGGUCUGACUCCUCAGAGGAUAGGUUCGUGUCUGGACACGCAGCAGGAGGCCCUGGCAGCUACAUGAGUUUCUCUCCGAACCAGCCCCCAUUUUGCUUCCCUUUCUACCUCAUCCCCCCUGCAGCAGCAGCAGCGGCGUAUCUGCCCAUGCUGGAGAAAUGCUGGUACCCUGGGGCCAUGCCAGUUAUGUACCCAAGCAUGGGGGGCUCUGCAGUGAGCUUGCACCCAGAGCCACUUCCCUCAUCCCUGGUGAUUUCCCCAAGGGCAGGGUCACCAGUUCCGCAACAGACCCCCAUGGACUCCGCUCUUCACAAAGCUUUAAAGCAGGUCCCCCCUUUGAACUUGGACACCAAAGCCUAAACAGAAGUGUUUCUGUUGGAAUCCUCCCCUCUGAAUGUUGGGGUUGAGUUGCUGACCCACUGAAAAGAGAGUAAAGAAGCACAAAAGCACUGGUAUCCCCUCAAACCACACGUUUAUCGCAUCCGAACAUUGACCCCAGCAAAGAACCCAAAAUGGUCAUCACCGUCUAUCAUCAGCCUUUUGCACACUGAAACAAGACUGCUGGGUGUGACUUGUAGUGCCCAACAUGAAGGCUGUUGCAUGGCUCUGAAACACUGUGAAGAUGGUCCAUUUAAAGACAAUGAGCGUGCACUGUUCACCUUCUCUGUGUUUGGUGUUGGGUGUCAGAGGUUAACGCUGAAUGUCACAGAUAAGGCCCCUCUCCAAAUAAUUUUGACCUACUUUUUGCACACACACACCAGUCUGUGAUGAAUGUAAAGAUUUAAAAAAAAAAGCUCCUUGCAGAUGCUGCUUGAAUUAUUAUUACCUGCUGUAGAUCUGUGAACAGAAGAUCUACCUUCACUGUUUGUUGCUCCUGCAACAAGCCAUUAUUUGGACUAGAAUGUUACCAAAAAAAAAAAAAAGUCUGGUUCAUGUUUC